CUAUGCAGCAGAGGUUGAGUCGCGUUUUUGACGAUGCGCAAGUUGGCGCAACAGCAGCGGGGGUUAGGGUAAGAUUCUCACAGCGAAGCAAACAACAGCGGGCAACCCACGCGUUUCGGGACUGAAUUGCAUAGAUAGACACAGAGUCGACCAGAGCGGCUGCGCUUCAUCUUCCAAAGCUUGCAGGAUGCCUUCCUAGAGAGCACUUGUUCAUUCAAAGUGUCGCAAGCAAAGCGCGCAAGCACAAGACUUCAAUGGAAAGCAAUGGCCCGCAACAGUCGGUGUUGGGGAAACGACCAAGGGACGAUGGAGAAGAUGCUCAUCUGGUCUGGCAGAGUGCGCAUCACCUUGGGACGCGACCUCAGGAAAUGGGUCUGUCACAGUCAUCGUCACCCGUACCGCGCCCGCAGAUCGGCAUACAGUAUCCCCAGCAGGCUGUGACUGGAAAUGCGGCAAGGAAGCAAAAUACGCCCGAGUUCUUCAUGAAAAGCCUUUAUGAGUUUAUGCGAAAUAGAGGCACACCCAUUGUUCAGAUGCCUCGAAUAGGAGACCGGCCAGUCAACUUGGUAGCCCUUUAUGGGCAUGUCAUGAAGGCCGGUGGUUCUCACAAGAUCAACACAAACGGUACGUGGCCUCAGAUUGCUGCGACGCUUCAUUUUCGUGGCUCAGAGGACGAAGUCAAGCGUAUCUACGACGCCAAUCUCGCCACCUACGAGGAAGCUUGGACGACUGCCCGUCAAAAGCAACAUCCGAAGUCUCAAGCGACUGAGAGUCAGGUUUCAGCUGCAUCGGAGGCAUUCGGCAAUCGAGGUGCCCAAAUGGCCGUGGACGCGUCUCAGGUAAGCGCAGCAGCCCCGAAACAGCAAGUGGGGCAAUCAUCAUCAGCCCCGUCCGCUGCUCGUCCUUCUUAUGUUGAUCACAUGGUGCUACCGAAGCAAGAAGUGACGGAAACUAAAGGCUCAAUACCUGAGCGCCCAGAAGGCUUAUACAUUGCAACCGACUCCUCCUUGGACCUUGAAGCUGAUGUAGAUCUGAGCAAAGUUGUCCCCUUUUAUGCCUCCGGGCAACCUGCAGCAAUGCAAGGUCCCAAAUGCCGCUUCAGGACGGCGUAUCAACCGAAGGCUGUUCCGAUGACCACAUUCGCUAGUCUUGAAUUGACUCUUGCUGCGAAUCUUGGCAACGAUAUUGAUGCCUUGCGACCCUACCCGUCUUUCCAGGAACUCGGCAAUGUGGAUAUACAAGCGAUUACGCGUUCGCUCGAGAGUGCUCUUCCUGCAGAGGUUGGCAAUGCACUCGACAUUCUGGCAAUCAUUGCUUCGGAUCGCAGAUGGGGCCUACCCCUAGGUCACUGCAGAGACUUGCUUGAAGCACUUCUCGAGUGUCUGUCGACCAGUCUUGAGAGCUUCAGUGGUGUAACACAACUUUCAGGACCCUCAGGUUUUCUCUCAGAUUUCCAGACUUAUCACGACUUACUCAAGUACACACAGCGAAUAUCGUCGCAAAUACGUCGCAGCAAGGAACGCGAUGCGAAAUAUUUACAUCAGCAUUGUGCCAUGGAACGCAUUAUGGCAGUCUUGACAAUUCUACGCAAUUUGUCUUUCACAGAGGUGAACCAAGAUACAAUGUCUUCUGCUGCAGAUUUCGCCGCGAUCUUGUCUGGCGCCAUUUCCUUACUCCAACAUCCAUUUAUUGAUGUCGAACGUCGGUUGGACCUGUGCAAAGAUGCAGUCACAAUCCUGGCGAAUGUCGGCCGAGGACUCAGUCUGCCUGACGCUCAAGUCUGCCGGACAUAUUUGCACUUCUUGGCUUUCUUUGGACCCGAUCCAAUCAAUGCUGCGGCUUCGUCGUUCGAGUCGCGCCAAGAACCUUAUUUGCCUUCCGCAAUCGAUGCGUUGGCUAAGCUCCUGUGCAGGGAUGCGCCCAAUUGUCAACUGAUUCGCGAAGAGCUAUCGUCAAACCUACACUCAAGCACGACACCUCGGGACAGUCUUGGAUACAGGCUUAUGUGCAUGGCGCUUUGCCCGAUCCCUUACAACGGGACAUCGCCACCCCUGCGCGCCUUGGAGCGCCAUUUGCCUUUGGUAGAGCACUCUCUCAUUGUUGCAGAGUUCAUGGCUACGUAUGCUUUGGCAGGAGGUGAGCUAGCUGGCAUCCUGCUCAAUGAUUUCCCAGACUUGGUAUCUGGUCUCUGGAGGCUAUCGCACCUAUCCACCGGUGUCAUCACGACCAAAGUACAGCCAGCCGACCACCCAUAUGCUCUUGUCGGAAAGAAGUGCGCCAUUGUCCUGCGGCUCAUGUCAGAACAGGUCGCGACAGGCCACCAAAGUCGCCCAUUCAUUCGUGAAACACAGGCUGUGGGAACGUUACUUCUGUCUGUAGACCGCGAAAUGGUGGAAAAUCUGGUGUUGACUCAUGCCUUUUAGCUAGCAUAGCGCCUCACUUCCUGCAUAGUUGGAAAUUCGCACGGAGGGUGCAAUUGGAUGCUUCCAAAGUUACCCGCAUGUGUUGAUGGGUGAAAUAGGCAUAUAGUAUGAAUAGCGCUGACCCAUCUUUGUAGUUGGCGAAUUUGGAAUUUCAAGG